UACGCCUAAAAAAUAUUAACUAAAAUAAAAAAGUUGGAAAACCGGUUACUCAGCACGCAGUUCACUGAAAUUAAUAAUAUAAAGAAUUAUGCUGCAAAUUAUUUAACAGCUGUCACUAAUUAGCAAAUAUUUGUGGAAUAAAAAGAGCUAUAAUUAAAUUAACUAAAAAAAGCGCAGGAAAAAUCCAAACUUUCAUUAGCGGCCAACUAAUUAUUCGCAUUCAAAAAGAUACUCCAAUCUAAAAGCAAAAUCUAAUAAACCCGCUCUAACUGAACCGAUUACUCUGUGCAAUGCCGUGUCCACGACAGAAAAUUUUCACACGCUCGUAUGCGUUUACGCCGCCAGCGACAAAUGGCAAUCGCUGGUGAUUGCACAGACUGCACAAGCAUUUGUGCUGCAAGAACGUGAAAUUACAGUUACUGUUGCAACAACAACAACUAUUCACUACUCAAAGCUCAGCUCUCAAUAAGAAGCAAAAUAUAAAAAGUAAAGUAAUUUAAGUAUUAAAGUUAAAUUUGCGCGUUCGCGAGUGUUUGUGUUUUAUAUAAUUUAAUUAUUUUCGUUUAUCGUCAACGCAAUUGAAUUCUCUACGCAACUCAACUCAACGCUCAACUCAACACAACUGCACGCCACUUAGUGCGUCGCGACGUAAUCAAAGCACGAAGACGCUGACACGCGUUGACGUGCUCGUUGUGCCACUACCACCACUACCACCAAUUUUCAGGUUGUUUGUUGUGUACAUUGCUAUUGUGUUCGUACAACAACAACAGCCGGCAAAAUGACGAUGUGGCAGAGUGGCGGCAUGGGAGGCCAUGGCUCCCAAAAUAAUCCAUGGAUGAAAUUAAUGGGUAUCGUACACAAGGAGCGACGACAUGCGGACAAUGUACAAUCGCAGAGCGGCUCCAACGAACGGAAUCUAAAUCAGUCUUUACCCAAAUUAAGCAGUCAAGACGAAGAAGGGGGGGCAGGUCAUGGGUAUGGUGGGGGGCCACAACACUUUGAACCCAUUCCUCAUGAUCAUGAUUUUUGCGAGAGAGUCGUUAUAAAUGUAAGCGGGUUAAGGUUCGAAACACAAUUACGAACGUUAAAUCAAUUUCCGGACACACUGCUGGGGGAUCCAGCUCGGCGAUUACGGUACUUUGACCCGCUUAGAAAUGAAUAUUUUUUUGACCGUAGUCGGCCGAGCUUCGAUGCAAUUUUAUACUAUUAUCAAAGUGGUGGUCGACUGCGGAGACCGGUCAAUGUCCCUUUAGACGUAUUUAGUGAAGAAAUAAAAUUUUAUGAAUUAGGUGAUCAAGCAAUUAAUAAAUUCAGAGAGGAUGAAGGCUUUAUUAAAGAAGAGGAAAGACCAUUGCCGGAGAAUGAGAAUCAAAGAAAAGUCUGGUUACUUUUCGAGUACCCGGAGAGUUCGCAAGCCGCCAGAGUUGUAGCCAUAAUUAGUGUAUUUGUUAUAUUGCUAUCAAUUGUUAUAUUUUGUCUAGAAACAUUACCCGAAUUUAAGCAUUACAAGGUGUUCAAUACAACAACAAAUGGCACAAAAAUCGAGGAAGACGAGGUGCCUGACAUCACAGAUCCUUUCUUCCUUAUAGAAACGUUAUGUAUUAUUUGGUUUACAUUUGAACUCACAGUCAGGUAA